GCCUAGGAGGUUGUGGGAGAAGGAAGAUGGCCAGAGCUCUGUGUCCACUUCAUGCCCUCUGGCUUCUGGAGUGGGUGCAGCUGCUCUUGGGACCCGGUGCUGCACCUCCAACCUGGGCCUUGAACCUGGACCCAGUGCGACUCACCUUCUACACAGGCCCCAAUGGCAGCUACUUUGGGUUUUCAUUGGAAUUCUACAAGGACAGCCGUGGGAGCGUGUCCAUCGUGGUGGGCGCCCCACGGACCCUGGGCCGCAGCCAGGAGGAGACAGGCGGCGUUUUCCUGUGCCCCUGGAAGGCCGAGGGCGACCAGUGUACCUCGCUGCCCUUCGACCUCAAUGAUGAGACGCGAAGCGCAGGCACCCAAACUUUCCAAACCUUCAAGGCCCGUCAAGGACUAGGGGCGUCGGUCGUUAGUUGGAGCGACAUCGUUGUGGCCUGCGCCCCCUGGCAGCACUGGAACGUCCUGGAAAAGGCCGAGGAGGCUGAGAAGACGCCCGUAGGUGGCUGCUUCGUGGCUCAGCUGCAGAACGGCGGCCGCGCGGAAUACUCACCCUGCCGGGCCAACAUCAUGAGCCGGGUUUACCAGAAAAAGUACUUCAGCGCAGACAAGCGCUACUGUGAAGCGGGCUUCAGCUCCGUGGUCACUCAGGCUGGGGAGCUGGUGCUUGGGGCCCCUGGCGGCUACUAUUUCAUAGGUCUCCUGGCGCGGGCUCCAAUUGCCGAUAUCAUCUCGAGUUACCGCCCGGGCACCCUCUUGUGGCACGUGCCCACCCAGCAGCUCACCUUCGACUACAGCCGCCCAGAGUACUUCGACGGCUACCGGGGGUACUCGGUGGCUGUAGGCGACUUCGACGGGAAUCCAAACACUACAGAGUUUGUCUUCGGUGCCCCUACCUGGAGCUGGACCCUGGGAGCGGUGGAAAUUUUGGGCUCGUACCACCAGACGCUGCACCGGCUGCACGGAGAGCAGAUGGCUUCGUAUUUCGGGCACUCAGUGGCCGUCACUGACGUCAACAGGGACGGGAGGCAUGACCUCUUGGUGGGCGCGCCACUGUACAUGGAGAGCCGUGCUGACCGCAAGCUGGCCGAGGUGGGGCGCGUGUACUUGUUCCUGCAGACUCGAGGCCCUCACGCGCUGGGCGCCCCCAGCCUCUUGCUGACCGGCACGCAGCUCUAUGGGCGAUUUGGCUCAGCCAUCGCGCCUCUGGGCGACCUCAACCGGGAUGGCUACAACGAUGUUGCUGUGGCCGCCCCCUAUGGGGGUCCCAGCGGUCGAGGCCAAGUGUUGGUGUUCCUGGGUCAGAGUGAGGGACUUAACUCACACCCUUCCCAGGUCCUGGACAGCCCCUUCCCCACAGGCUCUGGCUUUGGCUUCUCCCUUCGAGGUGCCACAGACAUCGAUGACAAUGGAUACCCAGACCUGCUGGUGGGAGCUUACGGGGCCAACAAGGUUGUUGUGUACAGGGCUCAGCCGGUGGUGAUGGCCACUGUCCAGCUGCUGGUGCAAGAUUCGCUGAAUCCUGCUGUGAAGAAUUGUGUCCUGCCCCUGACCGAGACACCAGUGAGCUGCUUUAACAUCCAGAUGUGUGUGGGAGCCACUGGACACAACGUUCCCAAGAAGCUGCGCCUAAAUGCUGAGCUGCAGCUGGACCGGCAGAAGCCCCGCCAGGGCCGGCGGGUGCUACUGCUGGCCUCUCAACAGGCGAGCACCAUCCUGGGCCUGGAUCUGAGCGGAAGGCACGGCCCCACCUGCCACACCACCAAGGCCUUCCUCCGAGAUGAGGCCGACUUCCGGGACAAGCUGAGCCCCAUCGUGCUCAGCUUCAAUGUGUCCCUGCAGCCUGAGAAGGAUGGACUAGACCCUGCUCUCAUGUUGCACGGAGACACCCACAUCCAGGAACAGACCCGCAUCAUUCUGGACUGUGGGGAAGACGACCUGUGUGUGCCACAGCUCCAGCUCACUGCCAGCGUGACAGGCUCCCCCCUCCUCAUUGGAGCCGAUAACGUGCUGGAGCUGCAGAUGGAAGCGGCCAACGAGGGUGAGGGAGCCUACGAGGCCGAGCUGGCCGUGCACCUGCCUCCAGGCGCACACUACAUGCGGGCCCUCAGCAACAUCGAGGGCUUUGAGAGGAUCAUCUGUAACCAGAAGAGGGAGAAUGAGACCAAGGUGGUACUGUGUGAGCUGGGCAACCCCAUGAAGAGGAACGCCCAGAUAGGAAUCACGAUGUUGGUGAGUGUGGGGAACCUGGAAGAGGCUGGGGAGCACGUGUCCUUCCGGCUGCAGAUCAGGAGCAAGAACAGCCAGAAUCCAAACAGUGAGAUGGUGAUGCUGGAUGUGCCAGUUCGGGCAGAGGCCCAUGUGGAGCUGAGAGGGAACUCCUUUCCAGCCUCCCUGGUGGUGGCAGCAGAAGAAAGCAAGAGGGAGAACAGCUCGGACAGCUGGGGCCCCAAAGUGGAGCACACCUAUGAGCUCCACAACAAUGGCCCUGGUGCUGUAAAUGGCCUCCGCCUCAACCUCCGCCUCCCCGGCCAGUCCCAGCCCUCCGACCUUCUCUACAUCCUGGAUAUACAGCCCCGGGGAGGCCUUCAAUGCUCCCCACAGCCAUCUCCCAACCCCCUCAAGCUGGACUGGGGGCUGCCCACCUCCAGCCCUUCCCAGGCCUAUCACAAGCGGGACCGCAGACAGGCGCUCCUGCCGGAACAGGAGCAGCCCUUGAGGCUUCAAGGCCCAGUUUUUGUGAGCUGCGAUUCGGCGCCCUGUACUGUGGUGCAGUGUGAGCUGCAGGAGAUGGCGCGCGGGCAGCGGGUCAUGGUCACGGUGCUGGCCUUCCUGUCGCUGCCCAGCCUCCGCCAGAGGCCCCUGGAUCAGUUUGUGCUGCAGUCGCACGCUUGGUUCAACGUCUCCUCCCUUCCCUACGCCGUGCCCGCCCUCAGCCUGCCCAGCGGGGAAGCUCUGGUGCAGACACAGCUGCUUCGGGUCUUGGAGGAGAGAGACAUUCCAAUCUGGUGGGUGCUGCUAGGCGUGCUGGGUGGCCUGCUGUUACUCACAUUCCUGGUCCUGGCCAUGUGGAAGGUUGGCUUCUUCAAGCGGAAUCGGCCACCCUUUUUACAAGAAGAUGAUGAAGAGGGGUGA